ACCUUUCCCCCACACCAAACUUCGUACCAUGCAACACCCUUGAUAAACCCUCCAUCAUUCACUCUAAGCUAGCCCGGUAGCUUCUGUACUUCACUCCCUCCAGGCCCCGUCCAUUCAUUUCUUUGUUUGGCUUCCUAUACCUCUCCGAAGACGCCGUAGACAGUCGUUAAGAUGCCUUUCAACACCGAGCUUACGCGGAAGCUGGGGAUCAGAGUCCCCAUCGUCCAGGGUGGCAUGCAAUGGGUUGGCUACGCCGAACUCGCCAGCGCCGUGAGCAAUGCAGGAGGACUAGGAAUAUUGACCGCCCUCACCCAACCCACUCCCGAAGACCUCCGCAAAGAGAUCCGCCGCUGCCGGGCCAUGACCAAGAACCCCUUCGGCGUCAACCUCACCCUCCUCCCGGCCCUCGUGCCCCCGGACUACGCCGCCUACGCCCGCGUGAUAAUCGAGGAGGGCAUCAACAUCGUCGAGACGGCCGGCAACAGCCCCGGCCCGGUCAUCAGGCAGCUGAAAGCCGCCAACACCAUCAUCCUCCACAAGUGCACCUCCAUCCGGCACGCCGCUUCGGCCGUCAAGCUCGGCGUGGACUUUCUGUCCAUCGACGGCUUCGAGUGCGCCGGCCACGUCGGCGAGAGCGACAUCACAAACUUCAUCCUGCUGAGCCGCGCGCGCCAGUCGCUGGGCGUGCCGUUCAUUGCGUCGGGUGGGUUUGCGGACGGCCAGGGCCUCGCGGCUGCUAUUAGCUUGGGCGCGGAGGGUAUCAACAUGGGCACGCGCUUUAUGUGCACGAUUGAAGCGCCUAUUCACAUGAAGAUCAAGGAGGCGAUUGUCGAGGCGCAGGAGACUGACACCGAGUUGGUGCUGCGGAGGUGGCGGAAUACCUCGCGCUUGUUCAAGAACAAGGUCGCGUCUGAGGCGGUGAAGAUCGAGAAGGAGAGCACGACGGGUGAGUUUAAGGAGGUGGCUCCUUAUGUUAGUGGACAGCGGGGUAGGCAGGUGUUUAUAAAUGGCGACAAGGACUUUGGUGUCUGGACUGCCGGUCAAGUCAUCGGCCUUAUCCACGAUAUCCCAACAUGUCAAGUCCUCAUCUCGCGCAUCGAGCGUGAAGCGAUUGACACCCUUGCGAAAGCCCAAUCUCUUAUUGUUGACGAGGUGAAGAGCAAGCUAUAGAACCAUGUACAAUUUCCAUUCAAUCUGGGUGUAUAAUUUCUGAACUUUGAUCUUCACGCCUUGCUUGCUAUAGCUGGAUUAGCGUUCUGAUAGAUCACGUGAAGCUAAAGUAGCCGCGUAGACUACUUCUUACUACAAUUGUUUAAUCUUCCGGCCAUCUCUAGUCGUGUCUCUUCGAACGGAAUUGAAAUCGAGUUUCAGACC